GUGGAAUAGUGUCCCCCGCGAACCCAACAUUUAAUGUCGUUGAAGCAUCAUUCCAAUUAUCCGACUCUGGUGCUUCCUUUAUAGUUGCACAUCCUCUAACCCUUCCCAUAGUUGUUAAAGCUGCUGCCGAAGCUCAAAUUCCUUAUUCUAAAAUAUUUGUAUUCGGUGACGAAGAGAUCGAUGGAGUUCAACCGUACCGGACAUUAUUUGUCGAUCGAGAAUUUGAGCCUAUGGAGUAUACGCCAGAAGAGUCGAGAAAUACCACCGCAUUUUUAUGUUAUAGUUCGGGUACUACUGGAAAAAACAAAGGCGUUGAAACUACUCACACAAACAUGUUAUCCAUCCCUUCCAUCAUUAUUUUUCCUAUUGGCAAAAAUUUGAUUCUUGAUUAUCACCUGUCCACAGCCGUUCUUCCACAUUUAUGGGUUAACCAUGCACCUCCAUUUCGUUCUAACUUUGUCAUAAUCCCAAAGUUUGACUUAGCAACCUUUUGUCGCAUAGUUCAAGAUUAUAAGGUCGACUAUGCCCACCUUGUACCCCCAAUAAUUCUAUUAUUAGUCAAAAGUCCAAUUGUUAAUGAAUAUGACUUGUCGAGUUUACGAACAGUAACUAGUGGUGCUGCUUCCCUUAGCAAAUCAUUAAUGGAUGAUUUGUAUAAUACUCAUAAGAUUUCUAUCAAAGAGGGAUAUGGUUCCGUUGGAAUUCUGCUUUCAAAUGUUGAAGCAAAAGUUAUUUCGGAGGAUGGACAAGGCAAUAAAUAUAUUUUACUUUAUGAUAUGGUAUCAUAUACUGUAAAUGGCUUUAAUUAUAAUGAUAUUCUUCUUGAUUCAGAAUUGGGGCAUAAUAAACCCGGAGAGCUGUGCGUUCGGGGUCCAAACGUAAUGAAGGGAUAUUUAAAUAAUAAAGAUGCGACUGACUCUGUAAUGGACAAAGAUGGAUUUUUCCAUACAGGGGACAUUGCCAUUAUGGACGAACAAGAAAACUUGUACAUUGUUGAUCGAGUCAAAGAGUUAAUAAAAUAUAAGUGUUUCCAAGUUGCUCCCGCAGAGCUAGAAGAAAUCCUGGUCUCAUACCCAGCAGUGUUGGAUACCGCUGUAGUUGGUGUUUACUGUGAAGAAGAUGCCACCGAAUAUGUUUUAGCUUAUGUUGUACUCCAGACUGGCUACGAACAAUCACCAGAAUUAAUUACUAAAAUAAAAGAAUAUGUUUCUGACCGAGUGGCACCGCAUAAAAAGUUGAAGGAUGUGAUAUUUAUCGAUCAAAUACCAAAAAGCGCAUCAGGAAAGAUAUUAAGAAGGAUACUGAGAGAAAAGGCUAAAGUGGAGUACGUGUUUCCUCUUCAGGAAUAA